CUGUCCCCCACAACACCCACAAGCCUGAGAAGUCUGGAUCAGUCUGGACAAUUCGACCUCCUAGCCCCCUGCCCCGCCCCCAGGUGUCUAGCCGGCUGCCUGAUUCCUGGGCCCUAGGCCCCUCCCACAAUGCCUGUCGCUGGCCUCCUCCUCUGGGCUUCCCUACUGACUGGGGCCUGGCCAGCCACCCCAACCCAGGACUACCUCCCGGCCACGCCCCGGGUCCGGCUCUCAUUUAAAGAGCUUAAGGCCACAGGCACGGCCCACUUCUUCAACUUCCUGCUCAACACAACUGAUUACCGAAUCCUGCUCAAGGACGAGGACCACGACCGCAUGUAUGUGGGCAGCAAGGACUACGUGCUGUCCCUGGACUUGCAUGACAUCAACCGCGAGCCCCUCAUUAUCCACUGGGCAGCCUCCCCACAGCGCAUUGAGGAGUGCGUGCUCUCAGGCAAGGAUGGCAACGGUGAGUGCGGGAACUUCGUCAGGCUCAUCCAGCCCUGGAACCGAACACACCUGUAUGUGUGCGGGACCGGCGCCUACAACCCCAUGUGCACCUAUGUAAACCGCGGCCGCCGUGCCCAGGCCAUGCCCUGGACCCAGAUGCAGGUGGUCAGAGGCCGAGGCAGCAGAGCCACCGAUGGUGCCCUCCACCCGACGCUCACAGCCCCACGCCAGGAUUACAUCUUCUACCUGGAGCCUGAGAAACUCGAGUCAGGAAAGGGCAAGUGUCCCUACGACCCCAAGUUGGACACAGCCUCAGCCCUUAUCAACGAGGAGCUCUAUGCGGGUGUGUACAUCGACUUCAUGGGCACCGACGCCGCCAUCUUCCGCACGCUUGGGAAGCAGACGGCCAUGCGCACGGAUCAGUACAACUCCCGGUGGCUCAAUGACCCUUCAUUCAUCCACGCCGAGCUCAUCCCUGACAGCGCCGAGCGCAACGACGACAAGCUCUACUUCUUCUUCCGUGAGCGGUCCGCAGAGGCACCGCAGAGCCCCGCCGUGUAUGCCCGCAUCGGGCGGAUCUGCCUGAACGAUGACGGCGGCCACUGCUGCCUGGUCAACAAGUGGAGCACAUUCCUGAAGGCAAGGCUGGUCUGCUCUGUGCCAGGCGAGGAUGGCAUCGAGACCCACUUUGACGAGCUCCGUGAGCACCCGGCAGGCGGGCGGGGGCCUAUGGCUACUGCAGGGGAUGGCGGCCAGAUGGGUGGUCAGGGGAAGCCUGGUGCCCCCCACCCAGGAGUGGGCAGGGCCUUGGUGCUCGUGGUACCCUCCCAGCCCCCUCUCCUUCUGUCCCCAGAGGAUGUGUUUGUCCAGCAGACCCAGGAUGUGAGAAACCCAGUCAUUUACGCUGUCUUUACCUCCUCGGGCUCUGUGUUCCGAGGCUCUGCCGUGUGUGUCUACUCCAUGGCUGACAUUCGCAUGGUCUUCAAUGGUCCCUUUGCCCACAAGGAAGGCCCCAACUACCAAUGGAUGCCCUUCUCAGGGAAGAUGCCCUACCCACGGCCCGGCACGUGCCCUGGUGGAACCUUCACGCCAUCCAUGAAGUCCACCAAGGACUAUCCUGAUGAAGUGAUCAACUUCAUGCGCACCCACCCACUCAUGUACCAGGCUGUUUACCCUCUGCAGCGGCGGCCCCUAGUGGUCCGCACAGGCUCUCCUUACCGUCUCACCACUGUUGCUGUGGACCAGGUGGAUGCAGCCGAUGGGCGCUAUGAGGUGCUUUUCCUGGGCACAGACCGCGGGACAGUGCAGAAGGUCAUUGUGCUGCCUAAGGAUGACCAGGAGAUGGAGGAGCUCAUGCUAGAGGAGGUGGAGGUCUUCAAGGACCCAGCACCUGUUAAGACCAUGACGAUCUCUUCCAAGAGGCAACAACUGUACGUGGCCUCAGCCGUGGGCGUCACACACCUGAGCCUGCACCGCUGCCAGGCAUAUGGGGCCGCCUGUGCUGACUGCUGCCUUGCCCGGGACCCUUACUGUGCCUGGGAUGGCCAAGCCUGUUCCCGCUACACAGCAUCCUCUAAGAGGCGGAGCCGCCGGCAGGACGUCCGGCACGGGAACCCCAUCAGGCAGUGCCGUGGGUUCAAUUCCAACGCCAAUAAGAAUGCCGUGGAGUCUGUGCAGUAUGGCGUGGCAGGGAGUGCAGCCUUCCUUGAGUGCCAGCCCCGCUCGCCCCAGGCUACCGUUAAGUGGCUCUUCCAGCGAGAUCCCAGUGACCGGCGCCGAGAGAUGCGUGCAGACGACCGCUUCCUGCGCACGGAACAGGGCUUACUGCUUCGCGCCCUGCAGCUUGGUGAUCGCGGCCUUUACUCCUGUACAGCCACCGAGAACAACUUCAAGCAUGUCAUCACACGAGUGCAGUUGCAUGUACUGGGCCAGGACGCCGUCCAUGCUGCCCUCUUCCCACCCCCAGCUGUGAGCGUCCCACCUCCCCCAGGUGCCGGGCCCCCCACAGCCCCUUACCAGGAGCUGGCCCAGCUCCUGGCCCAGCCAGAAGUGGGCCUCAUCCACCAGUACUGCCAGGGCUACUGGCGCCAUGUGCCCCCCAGUCCCAGGGAGGCCCCAGGGGCACCCAGGCCUCCUGAACCCCAGGACCAGAAAAAACCCCGGAACCGCCGCCACCACCCACCGGACACAUGAGGCCUGCUGUCUGAGCCCUGCGAUGGGCCGGCCUAGUCCUCGUCCCUUUUAAUAUAAAAGAUAUAUAUAUAUAUAUAUACAUAUAUAUAUAUAUAAAAUAUCUAUAUUCUAUAUACACCCUGCCCCUGCAAAGACAGUAUUUAUUGGUGGGUUGUAAAUAGCCUGCCUCAGUGGCAGCAUCAUCCAAAACUAGACCCAGGCUGGUCAGAGACGGCAGAAAACGGAGCCCACCUAACCAGGCCCGGUCAGUUGGCCGGGCUGGGCCAGGACCACACAGUCCCCAGGCUCAGCUGGGAGUCUACCUGCUUGACAGCCACCGCCAGGAUCUACAGGACACAGGGAAGGAGCAAUCUCUACCUGGAUGGGGCACGGACUGUACACCUUUGCCCAUGUGUGCCGUUGGCAUACAUGUGGAUGUGAGGACUGCUUUGGAGACCGGGGGUGGGGGUGAGGGCUCAGAUGCGCUCAGAGAAGGGAAGAAGGGGCUGGCACAGGAUGCCAGCCCCUGCCUGGGAGAGGGGCACUCAGUCAAGGCCAGCCCUUUCCUGGGUAUUUAUUCUCUAUUUAUUGGGGACAGGAGAAGAGGAGCCCUGCCUGGGUGGGGCAGCCCCUCCAGCCCCUCCUUCCCUCCCUGCCUGGCCACUCUACCUCCUCUUUGCUUUCUCCAUGCUGCUGUGAUGCAGGGGCUGGGAGAAAAGCAGAGGGGCCAGGCUCAGGCAGCGCUGAGGGGAGAGAGGGUCAUGGUGGAGGCCUGGGGCCUACAGGGGCUUCCCAGGGCUCCCUUCUGCCCACCACUUCAGAUGAUGGGUGUAAAUAGCUCUGGGGGCAGUUGGGUAGGUGGGUGGGGGCUCCUGGCAGCCCUCUGCUGUCCAGGCCACACCUGCCCUUGGGUUCCAUCUUGCUAAUAAACACUGGCUCUGGGACUGGACUUUGGCUUUCUCCUUGGCAAAGGAGGGAGGACGGGGGUUCAGCCCACACCCAGAUUCUGUCCCUCCUGCCCCCCCCACAAUGUGGCUUGACCACCAGUUCCCCCACGGUCUUUUUUGCAAGCCCAGCAUCCAUUCACUCAAUUGUUUGAUCAUUCGUUCACAUUGCUUUCUCACCUGGCUUUGUGUCUUGCCAGGAACUCAGGACUCAGAAUUGGCAAGACAAAUCCACAGCCUUUACAGUUCAGCUGCCCCUGCCCUGGGAAUCAACAAAAUUCCCAUUCUUCCUGCA